AUGCAGCGUCCUACACAUUCACGCCUGCAUCUUCGUGACGCGCGAGACGCGCAUAUGGUCUUCGAGGCUGUCCGACUUGGGAUACUAAAACCAGUGACGCGUCGCCUGAACGAGAUUGAAAGAUCGACGUUCAUUCAAUCGGGAGCUGUCUUCGUGUGGGAAGAGAGCGAAGACGAUUCCGGGCUGAAACGAUGGACGGACGGCCGCGUUUGGAGCCAGUCGCGUAUGCGUGAGAAGACGCAGCCGGGCCUGCUGAACGUCUUGCCCCUCGGCGAGUAUGAUUUCGCCAUCCAGAUUCUAGUACUUCGAUCCGACAAGAUCAUGUUCGACAGAAACUCGCCUGGGACAUACCGAUUUGUAGACGGCAUGUCCCGAGGUGCACCUGCAUCAUCCGCACAGUCUCACUAUGAGCGAAGCGAGCACCGACCGCUCGGAUUGAUCAAGCAGGCUUACUCGGCAUACGUCACCUUACCCGGAAGCUCGUCUGCGAAGCCGCGAAAAUGGCACAUAACUGCGUAUUUCACCUACGCGGACCUUCCCAAUAUACCCACCGUCGACCAGGAUCGCGAUCUCCGCAGGAUACAAGUACCCAGCGGUGUCUACCGGUCCGGUAAGGCUCGUUCGCGCCAAAAUUCGGAUCUGGGGAUGUCAACCUUGACCCUCACCGAGACUCCCUCUCCUUCCGUAUCCCCGCGGCCGCCAACGCGAAUGGGGACCCCAGGCCCAGCAUAUAUGCUCCCACCAUUGCACUCCGCCUUAGGAGGGAGCGAAGGAGGAUUGGGUCGUCCCCGACUGGACGGAAGGAUGGUGGAGGAUCAGCGCAUGAUUCGCAUGCUGAAUGCGGCUCAUAACCGAUAA